UUAUGUUUUCUAUUUGAAGUGUCACAUUUAAUCUUUUGUAUAAUUUUUAUUUUACAAGCAGCGACGAAAAUCAAAUAUAUCUGCAUUAAUUUCCGAAAUCAUUAUCUAUCUUCAGUUUGAAUAAUAGCAAGCGAGCAUGAUGGCAGAACAGCAUUCUCGAAAAACUCAUGUACCGAGAGAGCAUAAACAACGACCAAAAAACAAUUUUGUUAAAACUUCGGGUGACGAGGUUCCUGGGAAGAGGCCUGCUAGUCUCAAAAGCAGAAACGUGUUACCAAAAAACUUGCGCUACGGUUUGGAAAACGCUUUAGUUGGGCUGUGCGAUGUAUGGUUUGAAGAAAUCAAGCCGUAUCUAGAGCGUAACAGCAUUAAGGUGCAUGUGCAUGAAACUGUGGCGGAUAUCGGCGAAGGUGAUGGAAACGGUGCCCCAGACUGCUCCCACUUCCAUCCAGCGUCGUCGGCAUCGCGUUGCGAGUUGUGCCGACUCCUAUUCAACGCCGCAAACAGCAUCGAGAGCGCCGUGUCGCAAGCCGCCAGUGUGUCUUCCGUCUGCACCACCGAGACACAUAACAAAGAGUGAAUUCUAUAGCAGCAACGAAACGAAAGAUUUGAAAACUAUAGAGAGAAGAACACACAAGAAAAUCCUCACAAUCGCUACUUCCCAAUCAAUGCAUCCUGGCCCCCAUCAUUAUCAAACAUACAACUUAAGUGCCAAAACUUACCGCCAGGAGAAAAUGGAACCAACUACUAUAGGAACUCCGUCAAAGGAAGAAAUGCCUCAACAGAAUUACACCAAAAUCGGACAAACAGGAUAUAAACCUCAAUUUAAGGAUGCAUCGACUCAAACAGAAAUUUUGUUGAAGAGUACAGUAAAACCUACCACGAGAAAAAGCGUACGCGUACAAUCUGGAUACCAGUUCAGCCGAUCUCCUGCUACUGCCUUCUUGCCUUCAAUAAAAAAGACUAACGUUAUAGAUAAUUCCAAAGACUUCAAGAUCCAGUAUGCAGAAGGCCCACCUUUAUUUAAAAACGAUCUCAUCGAAAUAAUUGGUGCGAAACAUGACGAGAGGCUAAGAGUUUUGUAUAAUAGCCCAGAUAGGGAUAAUAUCCCUGUAUCGUUAAGUUUAUUGUCACUCUAUAACCCUGAUAAUAAAUGUAAAGGACCUAAAAAGUUUCGUCCUUGGAGGUAAGGAGAUUAGCCACAUAGCAAAUAAUUAGUGGCGACGAAGUUUUAAAAUAAAAUUUACAGAAACAUGACAUCUCAUUAUCAAAGCUACAUUGAUUUCAGCAAUAUUAGCUCUAAUAUGUACAAUUAGGUUAUUAAUAAAGACAAAUAGAUUGAA